ACCUUUCGGACGUAAAAAAAAUUUUGUAAUAAAAAAGAUAAACAUAUGAUUUGGACAAAACACUUGCGAUAAACAAAAGCAAUGUCAUGAAAAUUAAUAUUCAAAUAUAAAUACAUUUGAUUAUGACUAUUUCAAAGAAUAGUGAAUACGAAUCUGUCAUUUAAUUUGAAAGUUCCUUCCGAGAACUGAAGAAGUACAUGGAUGAAAACUAAAAGUGCCUAAGAAAAGGUCUUUGUUUGUUUUUUAAAGAGGGGAAGGGAUUUUUAAGUACGCAGUAAACAAGAUUAGUAUAACCGUCUUUCGCCCAUGAAAGGACGUUUCUCUGUGCUACGCACUUUUUAUUUAGGUUUAUCCGGGAACAUGAGUUACUACGCAGUUGCUAAAGGACGCAAUCCAGGAGUUUAUCAUUCUUGGGACGAUUGUAAAAAUGAAGUGAAUAAAUAUCCCGGGGCUGUAUUCAAAAAAUUUGCUAGCGCAGACGAAGCUGAGUCGUUCAUAGCAGAACGCAGUGGUUCAAGUUACAGUUACAAGAGAAGUUACAGCUCAUACAGCAGUGGAUAUUCAUCAAGUUCCAGUGAGAAUUCAGUCACAAAAUAUUUUAAACGUGAUUCAAAUACUUCUAACAGUAAAUAUACUAGAGUAAAUUAUAAUAAUAUGAAUUAUUCAUCAAGCUCAAGCAGUUCGGAAUCAUAUUCCACGGGGUCAAGAUCAUUUUCAUCCUCCAAUAAUGGUGGGUUUAACAAAGAUCGAGACGGUCGUGUAGAUAUUUAUACUGAUGGUGCUUGUACUUCCAAUGGUUCCAAAAAUGCAAGAGCAGGUAUCGGCGUUUACUUUGGAGAUGAUCAUCCCUCAAAUGUUUCGAAGCCAGUACGAGGUCGGAUAACAAACAACAGCGCUGAAAUAGAAGCUGUAAUCGAAGCAGCGACUGUUGCCAAAAAUAAUGGCAUAAAUAAAAUAAGAAUCAACACUGACUCUCAAUUUUUGAUAAAUUGUCAAACCAAGUGGAUGAACAAGUGGAAAGCCACGGGAUGGGUAACUUCCAAAAAAGAGCCUGUUUCUAACAGAGAAGAGCUGCAGAAAAUGGACCGAGUCCUGUCCGAGCUUGAUGUUGAGUUUAAUCACGUUCGAGGACACAAAGGUGUUUAUGGAAACGAAAUGGCUGAUAAGUUAGCCCGAGCUGGUGCCAAACAAUCGAAAUGAUUAUAUUGUUUACCUUUUUUGUUUUACUACUCUUCGAUUUGAUUAAAAAAAAAAUGAGUCUGAGUUUUACGGAAGAAUUUACGAGCCCGUUAAUUAUUAAUCUAAAAUUACUAUAUAUUUAUAGCAGUGGCAUGUGGUCAAAUAAAUGAAUAAAUAAAUUAACUUUUUAAUAUUUACCGUAAGAAUAAAAUCAAUUUUUUCACCCAAGUAAUUGAAAACAAGUGAGUUAUCAGUUUAAAACUAAAAAAAUUAAACAAUUAAAGGAACAAUUGAAUACUCGAUACUUAAAUAUCUGUUUUUCUUUAAUUAUCACGUACUUUAGGUAUAAAUAAUAAAUAAAAAUACACAUA